UCAGCCAUUAUUGUAUAUAGAUUGCCCUGGACCUGGAAAUGCAGCAAACUCCUGAUGAAGUUCAUCCACGCUGGGUUAAAUACCAUAGCUAUGAUUCUUGCAAUUGUUUCUAUGGUAGCCGUGUUUGACUACCACAAUGCCAGCAACAUUCCCAACAUGUACAGCCUGCACAGCUGGAUUGGGCUGGCUGCUGUUAUACUUUAUUCUCUCCAGCUUUUCCUGGGUUUUGCAAUCUUUCUACUCCCUUUUGCUCCAGUUUGGCUUCGAGCAGCCCUCAUGCCAAUACAUAUUUAUUCAGGCCUGCUCAUCUUUGCAACAGUGAUCGCAUCAGCUCUCAUGGGAAUCACAGAAAAGCUUAUAUUUUCACUGCAAAAUCCUGCAUAUAGGGAAUCUCCCCCAGAAGCAAUUUUUGUCAACUGCCUUGGCCUUCUAAUCGUGAUCUUCGGUGCGCUGGUUUUGUGGAUGGCCAGCCGGCCCCACUGGAGACGCCCCCCUGAAGAGCUGCCCAAGGCUCCGCGGCCCAACGGAGGGACUUCCGAAGGCACCGAAGCCGAAUCCACCAUGACCGACUGCAGCAAUGCAGAUAAACCUGACGUGGGCUUCAACAGCGAAGCAGCCAGAAAACGAAACCUCAAGCUUGAUGAAGCAGGCCAGCGAUCAACGAUGUAAAGAAAAUAUACAGUGUUAACAGCACUAUUAUGUUGCCAAAAAAUACUUCUGAU